AUGGCCUCGACUCGUGGAGACUGCGGCGCAAUGCUGGGGGGAGGCUGGCCGAUUCACCGCAACCUCGACCCCUUGAUAGUCAAGAAGAGCGAAAGCAUCCACUUUGACCGAAUUCUCUAUAAGCAAGAUGUCGCGGGAAGCAUCGCUUUUGCCCGGUCAAAUGCCAAGGCUGGCAUCGUCACACAAGAAGAGUUUAAGAAGCUUAAGCAAGGCCUCCGCGAGCUUCACACAAACCGCGGCCACAGUGAGCAGGUUGUACGUGAUAUGCGCAUGUGGCUCUGCGAUGAACUUCGAAAGAUUGAGGAGCACCAGGUUAGCUUCCUCAACGUCAUUGCAGCCCGUGCUGAGCAGGAAAUUGAUUGCCGCGUUCAGCCCAUCCGAUGGAGCCAUUGGAUCCUGCCAUUUGGAUUCGCUUUUGCUAGCGAUUUGGAGAGGCUUGGGGAGGUCAUCGAACGCAUCAACCGAAAUCACCUAGGCUGUGGCGCUCUUACUGGCAACCCCUUCGGAAUCGACCGUGAUAUAAUUACCACAGAGCUUGGCCUUGACGUGGGUGCCAUGUUCAUGCAGCACAUUUCUCGCUGGGCCGAGGACCUAAUCAUCUACUCUGCUGCUGAGUUUGGAUUCGUCCGUCUCUCGGAAGCUUACUCUACCGAAAGCUCCCUGAAGCCCCAAAACCCUGACAUUCGUGAGCUAAUACGAGGAAAGUGCAUUUACAACAAGGACUUGCAACAGAGCAUUGAGCCGAUGGCCGACCACGUCAAUGCGGUAUCUGACGGCAUCCAGAAUGCAAAUGGUAUGAAGGCUACUUUAGAUUCCCCCAUGCUUGUAACAGACGUUGCCGAUUAUCUUGUCCGCAAGGGAGUUCCCUUCCGAGAGACGCACCACAUCUCUAGUCGAUACGUUGCCAAGUCCGAAGAGACUAGCAUCCCGAUGAAUGAGCUUUCCUUUGAGCAACUCCAGGCUAUUGAUAGCCGCUUUGAAGAGGAUAUUGCCGAGGCGUUUGUGUAUUAG